CACUGACAACAAAUAUUAAGAACCCUAAAAGGGAUUCAGUAGAAAGUACAAAUGAUAGCAAGAAUACCUAUAUUUCUGAUGUAGUAAACAAAGUAGAAUAUGGUUUAGAAGAUUUAGAUUGUUCCGCUGAUAAAGAGACCAAUGAAAGAACAUGUUCAAAAGGGAGUAGACUUCCAUCUGAUGUCAGAACUAAAGCUAAAGUAGCUGAUUUCAAAGAUGGUGAUUUAGACAGUGAAUUAAGUGUGAUGACACAUAAUGAAAAGUUGAAGUCUGGUGGAUCUGAGAAAAGUGGUGAAGGAGAAUCUAUUGAUGAUCAUUUUGAGGAAAGUAGGGUGGAUGAAUUAAAAGGAAAAAAUAGAGACAUAUCUGUGUUCAGUUGGGAGUGUGGUAAGAUGACUUGUAGAAGAAGCGAAAGAAUACAGGGGAGAGAUGGAAUGGUAAAGAGUCCUAAUGAAGGAAGUGAAAGUAAAACUGAAGCUGUAAUAAGCCCUUGCCAAAAGUUGCCAGAAAGCAAAAUGGAAUAUAAUAAAGACAUACAGUGCAAGAAAAGUGGUGCUAAAAGACAGUUAGUAAAGGAUAAGACAAGUGACAUUCUCAGGAGGAAAAAGUACAAAGAAAAGAGAGGAAAUUCUCCCAAAAACAGCCCAGAGGAUUUGAAUGAGAAUAUAAUGGACAUCGAUGAUGAUGAUGACCUUCCUGAUCUGACUGUUUGCCAAGCUGUAAAAGAAACACCAAAAGUAGAAAUUAAGGUAAAUGAUCUGAUUUGGACUUUGCAUAGAGGUUUGUGGUGGCCUUCUUAUGUGAAACAAGAAUAUGCUCGAGAAAAGAGAGUUUCAGUGUUUUUCAUUGGAUGUGACCAGGCCGUUGCAAUCAAAGUGAAUAAGAGAAAUACAAGACAAUUCUUCAGUGACCAUAUUCCUUCAUAUGUGAAGAAGUCUGCACAAGGUCUUUUAGAGGCCUUCCAGCUUUGCAAAUCUUAUUCUCAGUUGCGGGAAAAUAGAAGUGAUAUUACACCACAUUUUUACUUCAGUCUUCCUGUAGAGGAACAAAAUGCCCUGAUGAACACAAACACAACUUCGACUGCAGAUGAACAUUCGCCAGAUGUUUCUAGGAAAGAGUAUAUCUGGUACAGAAGAGACACCAAAGCUACGUAAAAGACAUUCACUUAUCAGAUGCAUGGAAAGCGAAGAAAAAGGAAAUACUGCAAGUAAAGAAGUAAGUUUAAUCACGUUAGAUA